AAAUUCCCUUAAAUGAUCAGUGACGAGAUUGGUACGAUUGGUACAAUCGGAGAAUCCAGGACGGAGCAGUAACGUGUAGGCUGUUUAAGAGGGGUAGGAGGUUUUGUGAAGAGGAAGGAGAAAUAACUGUUACACAAUAUGGCAGAAAAUGCAACUACAGAUGCUGGUCGUAUAGUGAAGAUGGAAGUUGACUACAGUUCAACAUGUGAUGAAAAAAUACCAGAAUGCCAAAAGUUGGCAAAGGAGGGGAAAAUACAUGAUGCACUUGAUAUACUUUUAGCUCUUGAGAAGCAGACUAGAACAGGCGCAGACAUGAGAUCUACGGGCCAGGUGUUGGUAGCAAUUGUACAGAUCUGCUAUGAAGCAAAAAAUUGGAAUGCCCUUAAUGAGCAUAUUUCCUCAUUAGCCAAACGUCGAAGUCAGCUGAAGCAAGCUGUAGCCAAAAUGGUUCAAGAAUGUUGUACUUAUGUUGACCAAACACCAGACAAGGAUACAAAAAUUAAAUUGAUUGACACAUUGAGAAGUGUCACAGAAGGGAAGAUCUAUGUUGAAGUGGAAAGAGCUCGUUUAACACACAAAUUAGCAAAAUUGAAGGAAGAGGAAGGAAACAUUACUGAAGCAGCAAACAUUAUACAGGAACUGCAAGUUGAAACUUAUGGUUCCAUGGAGAAACGAGAGAAGGUUGAGUUGAUCCUGGAACAGAUCCGUCUUUGCCUUGCCAAGAAAGAUUAUAUCCGAACACAGAUCAUAUCCAAGAAAAUCAACACAAAGUUUUUUGAAGAUGACGGAACACAGGAUUUAAAACUGAAAUUUUAUCGGUUGAUGAUUGAGCUUGAUCAACAUGAAGGAUCAUACCUGGCAACAUGCAAACACUACCGUGCAGUUCUAAACACGCCAUCCGUCCAAGAAGAUCCUUCCCAGCGCCACCAGGUGCUGCAGAAUGUGGUAUUAUACUUGGUGUUAGCCCCAUAUGACAACGAACAGGCUGAUCUCACACACCGCGUACUCGAAGACAAGCUGUUGGAGGAGAUACCUAUGUACAAAGAGUUACUGCGUUUGUUCAUCAACCCAGAGUUGAUUAAGUGGUCAGGUUUAUGUGACAUCUAUGAAAAGGAAUUGAAGCAGGGUUCUGCCAAAUGCAAGGCAACAGAUGUUUUCAAUCCAGACACUGAGGAAGGGCAGAAGAGAUGGAAAGAUUUGAGGAGUAGGGUUGUUGAACACAAUAUUCGUGUGAUGGCCAAAUACUACACAAGAAUAACUCUGAAGAGAAUGGGUGAGCUGUUGGAUCUACCUGUUGAAGAAACAGAGGAUUUCUUAUCAAAUCUUGUAGUGAACAAGACUGUUCUAGCCAAGACAGACCGACCAGCUGGUGUAGUGAGCUUUACACAAAGCAAAGAUCCAAAUGAUGCUCUGAAUGACUGGUCCAAUCACCUCAGUUCACUAAUGCAACUUGUGAACAAAACAACGCAUCUUAUUAAUAAAGAAGAAAUGGUUCGCAAACACUUGCUGGCUGUUAGAGAAUGAACUGAUGUUGAUCCUAUAGCAGCCUGUUACUUUGCAGUGUCAAAAGUAGCGAAACCCUCUUAGAAAGAUCUUCUCUUGUACGUUUUUCUGAGAGUAAAUUUGUUUUGAAAUACUUAAUACAAUUUUUGAAAUGUUUGUAUAAACAUUUUGUAUACAGACUAGUUCAUAUAUUUCUCAAAAAUUUAAAUUUUUGGGUAUGGCAUACAUUAAAAUAAGGUAAUGUGACCUAGAAUUUGUUUAAUAAUAUACAUCAUGCAAUUGAACUUCAAUUCGAGUUUUCUCAGGGUUUUACGUAGUUUAAUGUUCAGAUUGAUUGUCCCUCAUAGAAAUGGGAAUUUCAUUAUAUUGAGUUGUAACAGUUACAAAGGUAAAUAUAUAAAACAAUAAAAAUUGUUACAUUCAUAUUUCUGCUAAGAUCUUGAUGCAGUAUAGCAAUGUAGAUACAUGAUAUUCAUCAGUUAUAUUUUGUUUGGUAGCGCAGUCAGUGUAGCAACUGGCUGUGGGCUGGAUGGCUGAGAGGUCAGAGUUAGUCCUGGUAGGGGUAAGAAUUUUGUCGUGUCCAUGUUGUUCAGACCAGGUCUGGGGCCCACCUUCCAUCCUGUCUAGUAGAUAUCAGGGUCUCGUUUCCUAGGGGUGAAGUGGCUGGGGUAUGAAGCUGACCACUGGCCUCCAACUAGUGCCAACAUCAAGAAUAUGUGGAUCUGUUCAUCCACUUCCCCAU